AUGCCCAUGAGAGGUGUACAGUUCAUCGGUCUUCAUAUCUUCUACCGCUACAUCUACUCCAUAAUCCUCGCUCCCGAUGCAUUUACCUCCACCAUCACCGAUUCGAAGAAACUUACAACAAGGGUGGAGAGGCCACAGGAAAUGCACCGCACUACUCUGGCGGCACUGUCACGUCUUCUGCGUGUGGUGGUGGAAAACAAAGGCAUAGCUUCCAACACCAAGAUGGUUGAUCAAACCCACGCCUUGAACAGUCUCAUUAAGAAGUGGCAUGUUAGAUUCAAAGUCUACCUACUUCAUGUGAUUGAGGAUGAGAGGCUGUGCUGGAGUCCGUCUGAGGGGAAGUUGCAACGGCUGGCAGAGGCGUGGAUACGGCGACUGCCAUGUUCAAAGGAGGUGAUCACGGAGGCAUGCAGUGUCACGAUGAAUGUUGAGGUGAUUAUUUAA